AUGGCCAAGGAUGAGGUUAAUAAGAGCCUGAAGAAGAGCAGUGGCAAUGUGAAGAAAGGAGAUGGCAGGUUCAGCUUAAGUUGUGGUCUGACACACACUGCUAUCGUUCCUCUGGAUUUAGUGAAAUGUCGUAUGCAGGUGGACCCCCAGAAGUACAAGGGCAUAUUUAAUGGAUUCUCAGUUACACUUAAAGAGGAUGGUGUUCGUGAUUUGGCUAAAGGAUGGGCUCUGACUUUCAUUGGCUACUCUAUGCAGGGGCUCUGCAAGUUUGGCUUUUAUGAAGUCUUCAAAGUCUUGUAUAGCAACAUGCUUGGGGAGGAGAAUGCCUAUCUCUGGUGCACAUCACUAUAUUUGGCUGCUUCUGCCAGUGCUGGAUUCUUUGCUGACAUUGCCCUGGCUAUGGAAGCUGCUAAGGUUCGAAUUCAAACCCAGCCAGGUUAUGCCAACACUUUGAGGAAUGCGGCUCCCAAAAUGUAUAAGGAAGAAGGCUUAAAAGCAUUCUACAAGGGAGUUGCCCCUCUCUGGAUGAGACAGAUACCAUACACCAUGAUGAAAUUUGCCUGCUUUGAACGUACUGUUGCUUUGAACGCAUUGUACAAGUUUGUGGUUCCUAAGCCCGGAAGUGAAUGUUCAAAGGCAGAGCAACUGGUUGUAACAUUCGUGGCAGGUUACGUAGCUGGAGUCUUCUGUGCAGUUGUUUCUCACCCUGCUGAUUCCGUGGUAUCUGUGUUGAAUAAGGAGAAAGGUAGUAGCAGUGCUGUAUGGAAGGGACUCUUUGCCCGUAUCAUCAUGAUUGGCACUCUGACUGCACUACGGUGGUUCAUCUAUGACUCUGUGAAGGUCUACUUCAGGCUCCCUCACCCUCCUCCACCUGAAAUGCCAGAGUCUCUGAAGAAGAAGCUCGGGUUAACUCAGUGGAAUGAUCAAAGCAAAUGUGGACUAAAUCUGCCUGUUGAUCAGUGUUGA